CUCCGAGGUGUCAAAUGUCAAAACAGAGCAGCAGCAGCUGGGAGUCACUGGAAGGAGGCUGAACGCGGCCGGGUCUCCCUGAAGACAUGGAGGUGACGGAGGAGCAGCUGGAGGAGCAGGUGGAGAGGCUGCUGAGCGGUCAGGGGUCAGAGGUCAUAGGGUGCGACCUGGGCCUGGAGCAGAGCAAGCCGGCGUCCCUGAGGAAGACCGUCACCUACAUCGUGUGCGCCGUCAUCUUCAACGAGAAGGAGGAGGUGUUGAUGGUGCAGGAGGCCAAGCAGGACUGUUACAAACAGUGGUACCUGCCCGCGGGGAGGGUGGAGGUAGGGGAGAGCCUGGAGGAGGCGCUGAGGAGGGAGGUGAAGGAGGAGGCGGGCUUUGACUGCGAGCCGGUCUCCUUGGUGCUGAUCCAGGAGCAGGGCCCGCAGUGGAUCCGCUUCAUCUUCCUCGCCAACGUCACAGGCGGGAGUCUGAAGAACCUGUCGGCUGCAGAUAAGGAGUCUCUUCAGGCGUCCUGGUGGGACAGACAGUCCGUCCUGCCUCUGCGAGGACGGGACAUCCUUCGCCUCAUCGACUGCGGACUCAAGUACCGGCGGGAUCCCGGGCAUCCCGCCACGCUGCCCGUGGACCUGAGCUGCCGCCACGUGGUGCAGAGACUGGUCCUGGUCUUCACCGGCGCCGAGGAGCAGAUCUGGAUCCUGAUCAUCAGAGACCCGGCGCUCCACCUCCCCACGGCCGCGGCGCUGAAGACGCACGCGGUGACGUGGGCCGCCAACAUGGUGGUGCGGGACGCCGUGCCGUCGGCGUACUGCGACCACGACGUCAACACGCUGGGCGCCUUCAGCCUGCAGCACAACGGGCGCCAGCACGGCAGGACGGACGGCGUGUGCUUCAACACGCUGGUGGUGCUGGCGCCGGACCACGUCAGGCGCAACGAGGACGGCGAGAAGGUGGAGCGCCCGGAGACGGGGCGGCCCCCGCCCGUGGAGAACCCCCGCUACGCGUGGCACCAGGUGCAGGGACGGACUCUGAGGGAGAAGCUGCUGGAGAAGACCAGGAACACCUCCAUCUUACCCGUGCACAGCCUGUACUGACCCCCCCCUCACGGGGCUCUUAUUGUGAAGGGACAGUGUGGAGAGUUUAACAGUGAAGCUCGUUGGUCAGCGUGUGACGGACAAAGGAGCUUUGAUUCUGCAAAGUCAAUGUGAAAAUAGACGCUUCAGAAAAUAUCUCCAAAUAUUUAUUUUUGUUACAUUUAUUGAUUUUAGAUGAAUUGUAUAAUAUGUUCAAGUUGGGAAAACACGUCUUAAUUAAUUAACAUACUUAUUAUGUGCAGAGUUGAAAGAUGUAACUCAACUCCUUUAUUGUAAAGAAACCAUCGUAUAUAUGAAUAUAUAUAUAUAAUAUAUGUGUGUGUGUGUGUUUGACAGAAGGAAGCUAAUAUUAAUCAGAUUAAAUAUUUUCUGAAUGUUCACUGUGUUGAACUUUUGAUUGACAGGAAAUAUAAUCAAACUACUAAAUAAAUGAAAACAACUCAACUGUGA